AUGUCCAACGAUAAUCAAAUAAAUCCAUUUUCAAUGCAAAAACAUUCUCCGUUAACUCAACAAAAUCUACAAACACAUGAUAGAUUACAGAGUAGUUAUGUGGAUAUGAUGCCAACUGAGAGUACAGUUCAGUUUCCAAUGUCUGUUAUAUCAUCGGCCAAUCAUAAUCCAGCUCUAACUUCUGAUAUGAAUCAAGUUGAUAAUAUUCAACCACAACAACCUCGACUAAUGCAAACAAAUUCGUUGAAUCAAACUUGGCCAGUAAAUUGUAAGUAUAUUUGA